AUGGCCUUCAAACGGGCAGAAAACGAGACUUACCUGUGGGAUACGGACGGAAGCAUUCAGUACAGCGACGGUUGGGAGCUUACUGAAAUUACUCAUGAUGAGACAGGACAAGACGGAACGUUCCACUCGACUACGAAAGUGGGGUCAAAGGCAGCGUUGUCGUUCUAUGGGUCUCAAAUCGUUGUGAACGGCUACGUCUUCCCAGGAGACUCUCCCGUGUCGGCUUAUUUUUCAGUUGACAGUGGAGACGCGUCGUAUAGGGAAGAGCCCACAAACAUCGGUGGACAGACAUACCUGAGCACCAAUCUUUUCCAGUCUGAUCCCCUACCGCUUGCACGCCACAUCAUAACUGUCGAAGUCGCGAACGCAACGGCAGCCCGUAACUUCUGCAUCAAUUUCUUUCUGGUAAACAGUAAUGAUCAGGGAAUCCUCGCAUCGAGUACGUCUUCCAGUAUCCAGUCCAGCGCGACGGCCAGCGGGACACCUGCCUCCGGUCAGAAUUCUACUGAAGGUCAAUCUAGUUCGGAUGGUGGUAGCAAAGGCGUGUCUGUCGGAGCAGUAAUCGGUGCUGUUUUCGCUGGCAUUGUAUUAGGGGCCAUACUGGCAGGAAUAUUCCCAUUAUACAGAAAUUACAAGAGACGCAAAAACCGUGGUUUAUUGACUGUCGAUUCCUCGGAACCAUUUCCUACUCGGGAUGUGACACAGCAGUCUGGCGGGGCAACUGAUGGAUAUGGUGCAGUACAUCCUUUCACCCUAGGUCAAGCAGGCAGUCAACAAUCAACAAUGUCCGAAAACCCGUUCCAAAAAAUUGCAGGGACAGGAUUCGUCUCGUCUAGAAAUCAUCACGUGCCGGUUUCACCGACGACGGAAUUAUUGUCAAGUCCAACGUUAUCACCGGACGCCCUAUCGAAUACUCCUUUGACACGUUCCCUACAUCCUUUGUCUGGGGUUGUGGCAUCGCACGAGUUCCCAAUACUAAUCCCGUCUUCUACGUAUAAUGAUUGUGAUAACUCUGGAGAUCCUCCGGCGUAUCACAACCGUGCUUCUCGCGCUGAAUAG